GCAUCCUUUGAAAACUCAAAGAGAGACCAACAAUGGGAAAAAGUUCAGUGGUUGUUGAUGUUAUUUUUAUAGUUUCUUGUGGAUUAUUGUGUCGUGCUGAACCAUUGAAUCAAGGGGAACUGUCUUUAGAUCAGGGCUUUAGUCAAAAUGCCGUCUUCAGUCAUCCAGUGCCAGUGCAAGGGCCUGCACAGUUUGAUCAAAAUGCGGUAGCAUCCAACAUAUUUCAAAACUUCAUUGAAUCCAGGAGACCUGCCUCAGCAAUGGUGGGACCUCCAUCACAAGAGUUUGUCCAGAUACCAAUGCAAGUACACCCCCAGAGAACCAACUACGCAUCCAUGCCUCUUCAACCUAGCAGGCCUUUGAAAAGCCAAGGACAUUUUGGACUAAUACAACCUAAACAAACAGUUGAGACUUUCUCACAAACCCAACAGGGAUUCCACAAACCCAUUCCUGGACCUGACCUCUAUCCCGAUGUGAAGGAUGAGGUUAUGGGGCCAGAGUUUGAACCCAAGGUGCCAGUGCCGGCAAACACUGUCGAGGUUCAAUGUGGAGAGGUCUCCAUCAAAGUGCAGGUGAAGCAAGAUUUCUUGGGGAACAAUCAGUUCAUUAACCCCUCUGAUCUGACGCUGGGUGGUUGUCCAUCUGUUGGAUUUGAUGACCAUGCCAGGAUUGUUGCCUUUGAGUCAGCACUACAAGGAUGUGGGAGCACAUUAACGAUGACUGAAGAUUCACUCGUUUAUUCCUUUGUUUUGGUGUAUUCACCUUCACCUGUUCCUAACACACCUAUUGUGAAAACUAAUGAAGCUAUGGUUGCACUUCAUUGCAUCUACCCAAGGAAACACAAUGUGAGUAGUAAUGCGUUGCAUCCCACCUGGAUUCCCUAUGUUGCAGCGAAAGCUGGCGAAGAACAGUUACACUUCUCCCUCAAACUCAUGACUGAUGACUGGAGGUAUGAGCGACCAUCUAACGCUUACUUUCUGGGAGAUUUCAUAAACCUGGAAGCCUCAGUGCUGCGUGCUAAUCACGUUCCUCUGCGGGUGUUCGUGGAAAGCUGCGCAGCUACUUUGGGCCCCAGCGGGGAAGCUGCCACCAUGUACACGUUCAUCAAGAACAGCGGAUGCAUGAUGGAUGCCAAGCUGACAAAUUCCAGGUCCAGGUUCAUGUCCAGGAUACAGGAUGACAAGUUACAAUUUCAGAUUGAGGCGUUCAGAUUUAAGCAAGAUUCCCUGGGAAUGAUCUACAUCACUUGUCAUUUGAAGGCUACUACCACUUCCAGUCCCACUGAUAUGAUGAACAAGGCCUGCUCAUUUGUUAAAGAAACAAACGGCUGGACUGCUGUAAACGGAGAUGAUCAGGUGUGUGGUUGUUGUGAGACAAGCUGCACCAUGAGGAAGGGCAGAAGUCUGGAUACUGAUGAUUCCACAUUGGAAGAUGAGGCUACUGUUGGGCCGAUUUUUGUCCAUGAAUUUUUGUCAGUGGAGGAUGAGCCUCAUAUUCACAAGUCUUCUCAGGUGUCGUCAAAAGAUGCAGAGUUCUCCAUGGAGUUGGUGCUCAUGACUGGUUUGGUGGUUGCAGUUGGACUUGUGUGUGUCGUUGUCCUUGGAACGUUGUUUUACCAAAGGCGGCAGAGACGGCUUGUGUUAACUUGUGAAUGACGAUAAAAGCUGUUUUAUCUAAA